AUGACCAUCAGGAUGCUGGCGCUGACCCUUCUCACCGCAGCGCUGCUCUGUCCCCUCUGUUUGUCGGUGACUGUGAGCAGCAGUAAACCCAAAGUGGAGGUUCAUGAGCACACAGAUGCUGUCCUGUCCUGCGAGUUCCGGACAGAAAAAGACCAAAAUCCCAGAAUUGAGUGGAAGAAAAAAGGAAAGGGGGUUACCUUCGUUUAUUUUGACAACAAAUUCACUGGGUCUUACGCAGGGCGAGCUAAGAUGGAGGGGGCAACGCUGACCAUACACUCCGUCACUCAGAAAGAUUCAGGAGAGUAUCGCUGUGAGGUCACAGCCAGCCAGGACCACGUCAACCUCGGAGAGGCCACGGUUACCCUCAACGUUCUGGUGCCUCCUCAUGUCCCUUCCUGCGAGGUGCCAAACUCGGUGUUCAUCGGCAGCGCCCUGGAGCUGAACUGUAAGGACAAGUUCAGCGUGCCUCCGGCCACCUACCGCUGGUACAAAGACAACAAGGCGCUGACCACCACGGGAGAAGCUCCCUACAGCAUGGACGCAAACAAGGGCACGCUGAAGUUUAAGAGCGUGUCCAAAGCGGACGCAGGGAUGUACCGCUGCGAGUCCUCCAACAGUGUGGGAGCGCCCAAGAGCUGCGUGACCAAACAGAUGAAAGUCAUUGAGUAUCCUUUGAAUACGACCAUUCUGAUCGCGGCGGCCUCGGGGUUGGCGGCGCUGGUCCUGCUCUGCUGCGUGUGUGUGUGUGUCUGCCGCCGGCAGGGAUGCUGCCGGGAGAGCAAGAAAGCAAAGAGCUCCAAGUCCUACAACCCUCCUCCGCCUCCGCCUCCUCCGACGCGCAACUUCAAGCACUACAAACAGACUCAGUCCUUUAUGAUUUGA